CUUCGGGAACCAGCGGUGAGGUAGCGAAGAACCUCUGCCCGGCUACAAUGGGAUUAGCAUUGUCGACGGUGGCGAUGAUCAUCAUAUCCUACUUCCAGACUUACCGUUACGAUUUAGUGAUUUUGGUAUCGCCUAAAAUCGUAGCGUUGUGCAUCUCCCUACUCAUCUCUGUUUCUUUUUCGGUCAAAAGUAGUUCUACAUUUUUUUUCUCCUGGGGCUAGUCAAAAUAUGGCGGCCUCUGCGUUAUGUCAGACCGUGAUCCAGACUCUUAGUUGAGGGACUCUAAUGUUUUUAUAAUCGUAUAAACGUAGCUCAACGUGAUUUUAUAGAGAUUUUGAAAUGUUGAGUAAUUAAUGGUCUUAUUAAGUUUCACAAUAGCUGAACGAUAUUAAAUAUAAAAAAUGAUACCAACGAGGCGGUGCAUUCCGAAAUUGCUAAGAAGUUCUCUAUUCAAGCUUUCUUUGCUAGACAGGAUAUCUGGAUCAGCAUCUUAUUUAAUUCAGCCAUACAGAGAGAAAAAGGAUGACAGUAGUUCAAAUUUAUCAUCGAUUUUUCAACCAGUUCCUAUUAAAUCAAAUCCAGAUGACAUAAACGUAGGAGCUGAAUUGGCUGGAACAUUGAGAAAGGCAGAUUUAUUGAAAAUUUUAAACAAAUUCUUACAACAAAGAGAGAUCAAAGCAUUAGCUUUAGAAUAUGGAUUGGAUGACUAUCUGCAACAACAGGCUUAUACAAGCUUUAGAUGUUAUUGUCUAGAAACUAAAUCACUCCCUGUAGAUCUUCAUGUGGUCAUAAGUGACAUUCUUCAGGGUGCUGGACAUGUUGCUGACAUAUUUCCAUAUUUCAUACGACAUGCAAAACAAAUGUUUCCACAUAUCGAAUGUUUAGACGAUCUAAAAAAAAUAAGUGAUCUACGUAGUCCAGCUAAUUGGUACCCAGUUGCAAGAGCCAAAACACGAAAAAUAGUAUUUCAUGCUGGCCCAACAAAUAGUGGAAAAACUUACCACGCACUUGAACGUUUUAUGACUGCUAAAAGCGGAGUAUAUUGUGGUCCUUUGAAAUUACUAGCAACAGAAGUAUUUCAAAAAACAAAUGAGAGAGGUGUCCCAUGUGAUCUGGUAACAGGUGAAGAAAGGAAAUUUGCAAAUGACCGUUUAAAUCCUGCUAAUCACGUGUCUUCUACAGUAGAAAUGGUUAAUGUAAAUCAACCAUAUGAAGUAGCUGUCAUAGAUGAAAUUCAGUUAAUGCGAGAUCAAGGAAGAGGUUGGGCAUGGACCAGAGCUCUUCUUGGACUUCCUGCUGAUGAGAUUCAUCUUUGUGGUGAAGCUGGUGCCAUCGACCUGGUGAAUUCUCUAUGCACGACGACGGGUGAGGACGUCGAAGUUCGAAGAUACAAACGAUUAACAGAAUUGCAAGUAGAAAAUACUGCUUUGUGUUCUUUAAGCAAUGUACAACCAGGAGACUGCAUAGUCUGCUUCAGUAAAAAUGAUAUAUAUACGGUAUCUCGUGGAAUAGAGGCGCAAGGAACUGAAGUGGCAGUAAUAUACGGUAGCUUACCACCAGGUACUAAAUUGGCACAAGCUGCAAAAUUCAAUGACGUUAAUAAUCCUUGCAAAGUACUCGUCGCUACGGAUGCCAUUGGAAUGGGCCUGAAUUUGCAUAUACGUAGAAUCAUUUUUUACUCACUAAUUAAACCGACCGUUAAUGAAAAGGGAGAAAAAGAAAUGGACACUAUAUCUGUAUCAUCUGCAUUACAAAUAGCAGGACGUGCUGGUCGUUACGGAACGCAAUGGGAAAAAGGCUUUGUAACAACAUUUAAACCAGAAGAUUUGAAUACGUUGAAAAAUCUACUAACCCAGGCACCUGAACCUAUCACACAAGCAGGUUUACAUCCAACAGCCGAUCAAAUAGAAUUAUAUGCUUAUCAUCUACCUAAUUCUCCCUUAUCUAAUCUCAUGGAUAUUUUUGUCUCGUUGUGCACAGUUGACGAUUCAUUAUACUUUAUGUGCAACAUAGAGGAUUUCAAGUUUCUUGCCGACAUGAUACAACACGUACCUCUGCCACUUCGUGCACGAUACGUCUUUUGUUGUGCGCCAAUUAAUAAAAAAAUGCCAUUUGUAUGCACAAUGUUCCUAAAGUUUGCACGUCAGUACAGUCAAAAUGAUGCUUUAACAUUCAGUUGGUUGUGUCAAAAUAUUGGAUGGCCACUGACUGCACCAAAAACCAUUCUUGAUUUAGUUCAUCUGGAAGCUGUCUUUGAUGUAUUGGAUAUCUACCUUUGGUUAAGCUAUCGGUUCAUGGAUUUAUUCCCCGAUUCCAAUAUUGUAAGGGAUAUGCAAAGGGAACUGGAUGCAGUCAUUCAGGAUGGUAUUUUUCGACUUACUAGUUUACUGAAAAAUUCAGAAACAGGUGUCAGCAGUGGGGCAGCAGCAGCUCCUGAUGAAGACAAUUUCCAGCUACACACACAAAAACAACAUUAUUACAGAGGCAUCAAAAAAGAUUCUGGCGCAAACGUCGUAGGUCGUGGUAGACUGACAGAAAGAUUGCUAGCACAAGGUCUUCUAACUCCAAAUAUGCUACAAGAAUUGCGACGCGAAUGGACUAAUGCAAAAAAUGGAGAUGAUCACAGUAACACAGAUUCUUCGCCAACCAAAAUUAGGCGAAAGCGUAAACCAUGAGACAGUGACUGAUUUCUGUUUGUGUAUAUAAAAUGCCAAAACGUAAGAAUAAAAUUUAUAAAAACCUUGAA